AUGUUUUGUUUGACAGGUCGUCCAACUGACAGGAGAGACGGCCACCGAUCACAAGUUGCUGAACAAAGGACAGAUCAUCAUCACCACUGCUGAGAAGUGGGAUGUUCUGUCCAGAAGGUGGAAAGUCCGUAAGAGCGUGCAAAGCGUGUCGCUCUUCAUAGUGGACGCGCUACAACUGCUGGGAGGCGAGGAAGGCCCGGUGCUCGAGGUCGUCUGCUCCAGGAUGAGAUACAUAGCUUCUCAGAUCGGUCGUUCAAUCCGCAUAGUGGCUCUCUCGCUCCCUCUGGCGGACGCGCGGGACGUGUCCCAGUGGCUGGGAUGCAACGCCAACGCGUCCUUCAACUUCCAUCCCAGCGUGCGGCCGCUGCCGCUGUCGCUGCACAUACAGGGAUUCAACAUAUCCCACGCGGCGUCCCGUUUCGCCGCCAUGACGAAACCGAUUUACAACGCGGUCGUACGCCACGCCGGCUCAAAACCAUGUGCCGUCUUUGUGCCAUCCCGACGAUGGGCCAGGCUGUUAGCUGCUGAUCUUCUGGCUUUGGCAGCGGCUCAAAAGAGGCCCGGGCGGUUCCUGCAUGCGAGACCCGAUCUGGUGCAGCCGUUCUUGAAGCGGCUCAGUGAUAAGGUACGUAACUACGUCAUACCGGCUCAAAACCGUGUGCCGUCUUAUUGAUGGGCGCGGCUGUUA